AUGGAACCACUGAAAGAGGAGACACCGACACAAAGUCAACAGACUGCAAAGCUGGAAGGUAGAACAGAAAGUGCAAGCAAGGAUACAUCACAACAAUCACAGAACCAACAGCGACUUCAAGGUGAUGACACGGUACAGCAGCAAACACAGGACAUUCCUGAUGACGUCAUAACAAAGGCCAAAGAGAGACUCCAAGGUGGCAUCACCGAGGAGCAGCUAGGAACAGCGGAACACCCGCGUCUCUCCAUCUGGGACUUCGGCGGCCAGGCCACGUACUACGGCUCGCACCAGUGCUUCUUCACCCCCCGCGGGAUCUACAUCCUGGUCAUGUCACUGCUGCAGAAGCUGUCAGACCCAGUUCCUUAUCUGGACUACAAGGCAUCAGCGGACAACCUCGUCACUGGAAGAGACUACCUGGACCACUGGCUGAACUCAGUUCGCACACACGGCCUGGUGCACAAACGGAAGGACAAGCCACCUAUCGUCUUGGUCCUCACACACAAGGACAUGGUCACCGAGUCUGAGAUUGAGGAGUACAAGAAAGACAUACUUGACCACAUCAGUGGUAUGGCUGCCGGCAAACACGUCUUACCAAAGAUUUUUGUCAUCGACAACUUCAGCGAGGACAACAGCGACAUUGACGAGCUCCGAGAGUACCUCCGUGAGGUGGCGAAGUCUCAGUGGUACAUGGGCCAGAAGGUGCCGAUAACCUGGCUUCAUCUGAAGUCCAAACUGAUGGACAAGAGGAGAGAGGACGACCCUUUCUGCCCUUUCCAAGAUGCUGUAGAUCUGGCCCUGAGUGAUGACGUGGGCAUCACGGACGACAGUCAUGUUGCCGACAUCUUGACCUUCCUGCACGACCUUGGUGACAUCAUCUUCAUCAACGAACCCGUCCUCCGUGAUCACGUGGCCCUUCGUCCCCAGGUGAUGAUUGACGUCUUCAAGACCAUCAUUACCGUUCCUGAGUACCAACAAGACAGGAGCAUGGGUGGGGAGGUUGCCGAGAUGUGGAGGAGGCUGGAGAACGAAGGGAUCCUCAGUGACAGGUUGUUGACAAUCAUCUGGACCAAAGCAGAUCAGAAGAUGCAGAAACCCUACCUACUCCGUAACAAGCCUUUCCUGAAGCGACUGAUGGAGAAGUACUACCUCAUCUGCAACGCCACGCCGAUCCGUGGGUUUGAUGACACAACGCAGCAGCCUGAGAAAGAAGAGAUCUACUUCGUGCCAUCUCUUCUGGCCGCAAAGCCUGACGACAGCACCUUGUAUCCUGGGCACUUGAGCAGAUUCCGGUACCCUCUGUAUGUCGAAUUCGAUAACAUGUUCCUACCAAGUGGUAUGUUCUACCGUCUACAAGCGAUCUGUGUGCGCAGGUUUGGUCUUGAAGAGUCCCAUGUGUUCGCAGGCUGCGGCCGCUUUCCUACCGAUGAUGCAAAGCAACAGUUCGUGGUAACCAAGGUGAAGCACUACCUGAAGGUGGAGCUUCUGUCGGCUGAAGCUGAAGACCAGGCGGUGUUCACACAGGGUCUUCCCGUUAGAAAGUUCCUCAGCAGCUGUCUGUUCGAGAUCAAGGAGAAGUGGAUUCCCUCCAUCCAGUAUGACUGGUGCUUCGGGGAGGAGUCAGAUGAAGGAGCUGGCAAACUAUCAUUCCACCCGCUCUCUGACAUCGGGCAAGAAACGGCAAUGGGGUCCAGUCGUAUUCCAGAAGACUUUAACGCCGUCUGGAUGCGUGGUAGUGGUGCCCAGAGGAUGUCCCGUGCAGAGAACUCUGGUGGUGACGGACCAGUGAUGAUACAGCCCACAACGAGCCCAGCUAACAUCAGUGCGAUCCACACGAUCGGUCCAGUCCUGGACUGUAUGGAGACAUGUAGAGCGCUGAAUCUGGCGGACUGUGAUCGAAUCAGACACGAGCUCACAUUCGUCAGCAGGUUCCAAGAGUUGGUUGCUACCGUCAACGAUGCCGGAGACGUGUGUCGUCGCUUGCUGGGCGCGUCUGUAGAGGUUUGCCUGCCAGAGAGAGCACCUAUGUUCCUCAGAGAAGAGAGAGGGAAUGACAUUGUUAUCCUACACGUUGAAGACUACGAUGACAAGCUCGUACAGCCACUGGUGGAGCAGGUAGUCAAGUCGUCCAGCAGGUACGGUGUCACGGUUUGCGAAGACAUCAUCAAAUCAGGGGAUGACAUCACUGACAAGAUAUUGGAUCACCUUCUCAAACAUAAUGCCAGAAUGGUCGUACCAAUCAUCACACCGCAGGCUCUCCACGGCAGGCACUGGUCUAUGCUUGGGUACGAGUUCCCCGUGCAAAACAAGAACCUGGUCUUUCCGGUCUUCGCUUAUCCUGAAGGGACCAGGGAGCGUUUGCUGGAGGUGCUCGGCAGGCGCUGUGCGGGGAUGCUGGACCUGCCAUCUACAGAAGUACCGAUGACCGAGGAACCGCUGUCCAGUACUAAAGUCAGUCUUACUGCUGCAGAAAUCCUGAGGAAGGCGUCGUCCUCUAUCGUGCUGUUCACAUGCUAUAUCACAUCAGAUGGCUGCACGGUUGAGGAGGAUGGUGUCACUAUCUCGUUUCCGAAAGGAUGUGUCGAAACGGAAAGGUUCCUGUCUUUGGAGGUUGACAUGCUGCCGAUUGACGCCGCUAUGACAAACAGUUUCUCGGCUGUGACACCGGUACUGACCGUGCACCAAGACACCGAAGAGGACUUCCUGAACCCUGUCACUGUCACCCUGCCCUGGACAUGGAAGAGUGCCAGUACUAGUCCUGGCAGAACCAUCCUGAUGAAGAGGUCUACCGGUCGCCAGUGGUCGGUAUCAAGAAACGAGGUUCGAGAGACAGAGGACACAGUCACUUUCACAACGCACCACUUUUGCAGCGUUGUUGGUUCCAAGAAAAAAGGCAGUGCUGAAGAAGCCUCCACCUCUGCCGACACCAGUACAGACAAGCUGGACGAGGCAGCCGAUGAGGAGGCAAAGGAAGAUAUGCAAGCCGUUGUAACAAAGUACAGUGAAGACAAAGUGCACCUCAUCAUCAACCCCAAUGAGGCGACAACAGAUGACAGGGGCAUUCACAUGCUGUGCGUCGAGAAGGGCAAGGAAGUCACAGAAUAUUUCAGAGCAGCGAACUUCCGGACACCACCGCCGUUCCAACAAGAAAUCAUCAUGCACAAGAAGGAGACUAUUCUCGCACAGUUUAAUGAGAAAGAAGACGUCAUUGCAGAUCCGCGCGACAUUCCAGAAGAUCCUGGUAUCCAGUUCGUCUUCCCACCUGCGAACUGUAAUCGAAUUUCAGUCCGACUGCAGUUGCGAGAUCCGCAGAAAGCUACAGGGAAGAAGAAGUUUGAAGGAACAGUGAAGUUCACGCUUAUGUCAGAAGAAGAUAAACCAGUGACAGACCCCUUCCGACGGAUAAAUUCAGCACAUGUCUACCUGAGCUCUCUGCAAGGUGAAAAGAAAACAAGCCAAAAGCGACGCGGAAGACAGCUCAGCGACAGUGGCCCUUCCUCGAAACUACCAAAGCAAGUUGAUGUGGACAACUAUUUCGACAAAGUCGUUUAUGGAGUGAGUGCCAAUUGGGACAACUUGGCUCGAAAGCUGAACUUCACCGCGAACCAGAUAGAUGGAAUAGAGCGGAAAAAGCCUGACACAGACAGGAGGUGUUGGGAGAUGUUGAGGAGGUGGAGGAACAGGGAUGGAGAAGCUGCAACUCUUCAGGCCCUGAAGAACGCUCUCGUCAAAAUCGAACAAAGGCAUCUUGCAGAGACACUGGAAGACUCUUCAGAAUCUUCGGAUGGUUGA